CCGGAAGCAUCAAAGUCAUGUCAGUGCCGCGUUGUACUACCACAUGAUCACCAUCUGUACAAUAUAAGUCCUCCAGAGGAGUAUUAUCUGAAGUAUUCGGGCCUGCGCAUAUACCUUAAAACACUGAACGCCACAAAGAGUGCCGCAUCGAUCAUUCCCGACGCACUACUGCAGUCCACCACCUCACAAACCCUCAUCCCACAGACUCCAUAGCCAUAAUGGACUCGACUCCAAUCCACCGCAAAAUCGAACUCCAAUCCCGCGCCGACCUCUCCUACCUCGAAUCCCUCCUGCGCACCCACACGCAGCGGAAACUAGACCUCCACCUCCCUCCCGUCGCACCCACCACUACCACCACCACUUCCACAAGCGGCGCACCUACCCAUCCUGCCCCCGAGGCGGAAGACCCGCUCAGAGCAAAAACAGCAGAAUACAUGCAUAUCUUCAUAGACAGGGUGAUCCGGGGCAUGAGGAUGAAUGUGCAGAUCAACGGCAUGGACGUGUCCGACUCGGGGCUCGGCGGAGCACAUCACAUGGAUACGGGGAGUCCUGGGGAGACAGAGGAAGAGUAUGAAGAUCUCGAUCAAAAAUUGCGCGACAGGCUACGUGCAACGAUUGCGAGGCGGGAUCUGCUGAUUGCGAAGAUUGCGCAGCAUCGGCGGACUACGGGGCGUGCGGCGGCCGCGUCGUUCCAGGAGAGGUUUUUGGCAGAGGGGGAGAAAUGGGAUGCUGCGAUUAAGGAGGCGGAAGAGAAGGCGAUGGUGCAGCAGCAGGAGGGGGGAAAUGCGGUGUUGGAUGCGGUGGAGUUGAAGAGGAGGGAGGAGGUGGAGAGGACGUAUGAGAGGGCGGUUAGGGGGUUGGGGAGCCUGGAUACGGGGUUGGCGGAGACGAGGGCGAGGUUGGAGAGGGCGGGGAGUGUGGUGGGAUAUUUGGAGGGGGAAAGGGGGAGGGGAAGGAAGGUCGAGGCUUAA